AAUAUCAAGAAAAGCCAAGUAAUAAUGAAUGAAUGAAUGAUCUUAUCUCCAUUGUGUCUCUGAGACAUGGCACUGUUUUCUCUCCAAAAUAACCUCUUUCCACUUCCAAUGCUAACUGCUCCUACUCCUUCCUCAACAAAGACCUUUCCCUCUGUUACUUCGCGUCGAGACGUAAUCUUUGGUUCCAGCCUCGUACUUCUCAAUUCAACACCAGUUUCACUUGCACAGCCCGUGCCAGAUGAUGAUGAGCUUCAGCAACAAGAAGACCAUCUUGUGCAACUCUUUCAGGAUACUUCACUUUCGGUUGUUUUCAUUAAAGACCUUGAAUUGACUAAAGUUCCCAAGAGCUCUUCCAAGGUAGACAUGCUAAAUGAAGAUGAAGAUGCAAAACUGGAAGGCACUGGUUCAGGUUUCAUUUGGGAUAAAUUUGGUCACAUAGUUACCAAUUACCAUGUUGUUGAUAAACUGGCUACUGAUACAAGUGGUUUACAGCGUUGUAAGGUGUUCCUAGUUGAUGCCAAAGGGAAUAGCUUUUACAGGGAAGGGAAGAUAAUUGGGUUUGAUCAAGCGUACGAUCUAGCUGUUCUGAAGGUUGAUGUUGAUGGAUACGAUAUAAAGCCUGUUGUUCUUGGUCAGUCUAACAAUUUACGUGUUGGCCAGAGUUGCUUUGCCAUUGGAAAUCCUUAUGGAUAUGAGAACACUCUCACAACAGGGGUGGUCAGUGGUUUAGGCCGCGAGAUACCAUCACCAAAUGGAAGGGCCAUUAGAGGAGCUAUUCAAACUGAUGCAACAAUUAAUGCAGGAAAUUCAGGUGGACCAUUGAUUGACUCGUACGGCCAUGUUAUUGGAGUAAACACAGCCACCUUCACUAGGAAAGGGACUGGAGUAUCAUCAGGUGUUAACUUUGCAAUUCCCAUCGACACAGUUAUCAGAACUGUACCAUACCUUAUUGUUUACGGAACACCUUAUAGCAAUAGGUUUUGAUUGUUCAUGUUACAUUGCAUAAACUUAAAUUUUGAAUAUCAAUUUUACAUUCAAGUUGUACAUGAAAUACCAUGUCUGUUCUAAAGUUGAAAUGAGUAUCCUAACUUAUACACUUGAACUUUCUAAAAGAACUGUGUAAAUUCU